CUCGUUGAAACUCUCUUGCAUAACGUUUCGUACAUCGCCGAUAUUGGAAAUAUUGUGGUAUUGAUGACCAGACGUCACAAGCGGAAAGAAGAGGACUUUGUGAAAGAAAAGAGUGGAAAAGCCAUGAUUGAAGUUUCCACUUCUGAUUUUGACGAAGAUCCGAAGGGUUCUCAAGUAGUCAGCCACGUUUUUAGUUCUCAAUAUGCACGGUCAAUCGCCAAAUCUAUUGGACAGGCCUUUGACAUUGCUUAUGAAGAAUUUGUUAAAGAGAAGGGCUGGAGUCAGGAAGAAUUAGAAAAAGUUGAAUACGAGAAUGUCUUAAGUUGUCAACGAACCUCAGUAGAGGAACUUGGUCGACUGUCAGAUAUUAAUUGCAAGAAAAAGGUUGUAGUACGAAAAAAACGAAAUGAAAAUCUAGGAAUAAUGAUAAUACCUUCCGGCUGGGGAUCAUUAAUACCAGCCCCCGUGAUUGCUCAUAUCAAUAAAUUCGGCCCCGCUGCCUUAGGUGGUCAGUUAAACGUUGGCGACCACUUAAUGUUUGUGAAUGGUAUUAGCCUUGUCGCCUUACCAAUCGAUAAGUGCAAAGCUAUUAUUAAGGUACACUGCCAGGCAACAGAAGUAACUUUAGAAAUUGUAUCCAUGUCACCGGUAACAGAAAUAGUACUAAGAAGACCAGAUACGAAAUAUGUAUGGGGAUUUAGUGUGCAAGAUGGUUUGAUUUGCAGUGUUAUUCGUGGAGGUAUUGCGGAACGAGGUGGUGUACGUGUUGGCCAUUAUAUUUUAGAUAUCGACAGACAUAAUAUUGUAAAGGCUACGCAUGACCAAGUUGUCGAACUCCUAACGAUAUCCACCGGAGAUUUACGUUUGAGAACCAUGCCUGCUAGUAUGUAUAAACUGAUGACAGACCAAGAAACGCCAGAAUACAUCUAA